UUGGCAAGAUGGUGGCGCGUAGGAGAAAGCGUGCGGCUAGGGACCUUGAGGCGGGCGUUCCGAGCCCACCCGGCUACUACGCCAUUCCGAUCAAGUUCUCAGCAAAGCAGCGAGCUUCUCAUUACCUUUAUGUGAGAGAACACAGAGUUCGAGAAGGCACGCAGUCUACAUGGCCUCAGAAGCGCACCCUUUUUGUCCUCAAUGUGCCGCCAUACUGCAACGAGGAGUGCCUGACUCGUCUGCUGUCCCCCUGUGGCACUGUCCAGUCUGUGGAGUUGCAGGAGAAGCCGGACCUUGCUGAGAGCGCAAAGGAACCCAAGUCUAAGUUUUUUCACCCUACGCCCAUUCCGGGAUUCCAAGUAGCCUACGUGGUGUUCCAGAAGCCAAGUGGAGUGUCGGCCGCCUUGACCCUGAAGGGCCCUUUGCUGGUCUCUACGGAGAGUCACCCUGUGAAGAGUGGCAUUCAUAAGUGGAUCAGUGACUAUGCAGAUUCAGUGACUGACCCUGAGGCCCUGAGAGUUGAGGUGGACACAUUCAUGGAGGCCUACGAUCAGAAGAUUGCUGCGGAGGAGGAGAAGGCCAAGGAGGAGGAGGGAGUCCCUGAUGAGGAGGGCUGGGUGAAGGUGACCCGCCGGGGUCGGCGGCCUGUGCUUCCACGAACUGAGGCAGCCAGCCUGCGRGUGCUGGAGAAGGAGAAACGGAAGCGUGCACGCAAGGAGCUGCUCAACUUCUAUGCCUGGCAGCAUCGGGAGACCAAGAUGGAGCACCUUGCACAGCUGCGCAAGAAGUUCGAAGAGGACAAGCAGAGGAUUGAGCUGAUGCGGGCCCAGCGCAAAUUCCGACCCUACUGAGCCUGCCAGGCUGUGACCCGGAGUACAGGGCCUGGCCAGUGAGGACACGGGGCCUGCUGGCCUGAGAUUGUGCUCUGUAAAGCAAGACAGUAGGCCAAAGGGCCACUGUGUCCUGYGGCCUGGCCCCAUCAGGUCUGCAUGGGCUGGAAGCAAAGGACAGGCUCACCCCGGGUCCCUGUGCUGAAGCAUGUUGGAGCACAGCAGGAAGAUGUGGCCCUCAGAAGUGGUUCCUGCC